AUGUCUACCACCACCACCACCACCACCACUACUCCUGCUCAAACCAUCACAGCCGAGAACAUCCUCCACCUCUUCCCCGAAGUGAGCACAACCCUCAGCGCCGCCACCCCCUCUCGCCUCGACUCUCCCCACCAAGACGACGACCUCAGCGGCUACGAUGCCGAACAAAUCCGCCUCAUGGAUGAAGUAUGCAUCGUCCUUGACAAAGACGACAACCCCCUUGGUUCGGCGUCAAAAAAGAUCUGCCACCUCAUGACCAACAUCAACAAAGGCCUCCUUCACCGCGCAUUUAGCGUCUUUCUCUUCCACCCAACCACCCACAAGCUCUUACUUCAACAACGCGCAAGCGAGAAAAUCACAUUCCCGAAUAUGUGGACCAAUACCUGCUGUUCGCACCCGUUGGCCCAUCCCACAGAGACAGGCCACGGCGAUCUAGCAUCGAAUGUCGAGGGCGCAAAACGUGCAGGGCAGAGGAAGUUGGGCCACGAACUCGGAAUCAAAGCCGAGCAGGUUCCCGUAUCGGAAUUCGAGUUUCUGACUCGGAUACACUACCUCGCGCCCUCAGAUGGCAAGUGGGGCGAGCACGAGAUCGACUACAUACUCUUCAUCGAGGCGGACCCAGAGCUGGAUAUCAAUGUGAAUGAGGUGCAGGACACGGCGUGGGUUAGCCAGGAGGAAUUGAAGCAGCUGUUCAGGGAUGCGGAAAGGAGGAUCGGGAAGGGCAGGGACUUCAAGUUCACGCCAUGGUUUAGGCUAAUCUGUGAGAGUAUGCUUUUUGAGUGGUGGGAUGCGAUGCUUAAGGGUGAUUUGGGGAGGUACAUCGGGGAGAGUGAGAUUAGGAGGAUGUGA